AUGUCUGAACCCGCGAGUAGUAGCAACAAACGCCAAAGGACAGACUCAGACGCUACCGGGCCAGAAAAGAAUGGUCCCAAUCUGAUCAAGCGGGACGACGAAUUCUGGUUCGAGGACGGCAACAUCGUUCUCGUUGCACGCGACAUCGAGUUUCGCGUUUACAAAGGCAUACUCGCCAAGCAUUCUCCCGUCUUUGGAGACAUGUUUUCUCUUCCUCCUGGGCCAUCAUCGGAAGGCACGACAGCGGCCGCCGAUAUCUGCCCCGUCGUCCAUCUUUCCGACUCUCCAGAGGACUUCAGGCACGUUCUCCGAGUUUACAUCUCCUUCGCAGCGGAUAAACCCUCUUUCGACGCGGUAUCGAGGGCCUUCGCAGUGGCUCGGAUGGCGCAUAAAUACCAGAUGCACGACAUGCUCGCGCUCGUCGUGAAGUAUCUAAGGCGGUCCUUCCCAGCCGACUUCCGCCAGUGGGACGCCAGUCCCUUCUCCUGCAUCCCUUCCUCCGACGAGGCCGUACUUGCCAUCGGCGCCGUCAACCUAGCGCGCCUCAUCGACGAGCCAUCGCUGCUCCCAACCACGCUCUUCGUCUGCUGCUCUCUCAAGGCCGCUGACUUGCUCAAAGGGUACACACGCGAAGACGGCUCAGCCGAGCACCUAGCACUAGAAGACAUCGCGGGCCUCCUCGACGCGCGUGGGCGCCUCACGGAGAAAACCCUCAUCCUGGCCGCUCGCAUUUUCGCGCUCAGGGUCUCGAAGAAGUGCGCCGCUCCAGACACGUGCCGGGAGGCGCUGGAGAUGAUGCUGGAGGGCGUGGGCCGGUACGCUGAGAUGUUCGCGGGGCCGAACGUGCUUACGUCCUGGCUGGAGGCGUACGGGAUGUUUGCCGAUCUGUGCUGCGAGCGCUGCCGGGUGAUGUUGCGGGAGCGCGAUGAGAAGGAGCGGCGGGCGGUGUGGGACGAGCUCCCUGAGAUCAUGGGGGUUCAGGUCGCCAACUGGGUUCAAGACGAGCCCUGA